CUUUUCUAGCACAACAAUAUUCACUUUCCAUUAUUUCAUCUCAGAAUGACAACCAGAAAUCUUAAUAAAACCUGGAGAGACGUCGUAUUCGAGCAAUACCAAGCCGAUCUCGAGGCGGAUUCCCCCUUCCCAAUCCGUUACCUCAUUUUUGUCCACCAAUGGAAGAAGGAUAUCUUCAUCAACAUCCCCAACAAGAUCGAAAUGAUGACCCUUCGCCGCGCUGUCUUGGAUUUUGCACGCUCUAGAAGUCGAGAAGAAGAUCCAACUUUUGGCAAUGAGCACAUUUCGGUGUGGCCGCGGAAGACGUUUCGCGAACGUCAUGAAGAAGAGGCUACAAAGGAGAGCAAUGAGACGAAUGAGUCUGGGUUCUUGGGGUAGACCAGUGCUAUAUUUUGUUCUUAACGGUAAUGAGUGCUAUCGUACUUCAUUACUACCCCAGGGCUGUGGUCCUCGAGUAAUUAAAUAAUCGCUAGAUUAGACCUGGUGCUGUGUUAUCUCUGUGCCUUCUCUUGACGCUGAAACUCAAGUGGGAUUCCACCGUCA